AUGGGGAACAUCUUUAGCCAAAUCUUCUUCAUUCCGGCCCCGGUUCUCACGGAGAAGAACUGUCCUGAUCAAACCGGUCGAGUCUUCAUUGUAACAGGUGGCUACGUCGGCGUGGGUUACGAACUGUGUAAGAUCCUCUAUGCCCACAACGCCACUGUCUGGGUUGCGGGCCGCUCCGCACCAAAGGCCGAGAAGGCCAUUUCGAGUAUCAGAGAUGCUUCACCCUCCAGCAACGGUCGCGUAGAGUUUCUUUAUCUUGAUCUGUCCGAUCUCAAAACUAUCAAGCCCGCCGUCGAAUCAUUCACUUCUCAACAACAACGCCUUGAUGUUCUUGUAAAUAAUGCCGGUGUCAUGUAUCCUCCGAAGGGCAGCGUUGACGCGCAAGGACAUGAAGUGCAGGUAGGCACCAACUGUUUGGGUCCGUAUCUGCUCUACCAACUUCUCCUUCCCCUCCUUACCAAGACUGCCUCCACUUCUCCGACGGCCUCCGUGCGCGUCACGUGGGCCGGCUCCGUCGCUGUGCACGUCGCCUCACCGCAGCCACAAGGAAUGAUCAUUAAUGAUGAUGGUUCUCCCACGGACCAAGGAGUGAAACCCAAUUAUGGCCAGACUAAAGUUGGUAACGUUUUUUUCGCGCGGGAGUUCGCCAAGACAACACCUCAGACCGGUGUUGUACACGCGGCUUUCAACCCGGGCAACUUGCGCACGGAGCUGCAACGGCAUUGGACAGGUCCGGACCAAUGGAUUGUCGACAAAUUAAUGCUGUACCCGGCUAUUUAUGGCGCGUACACAGAACUCUGGACAGCACUCACUCCUGAGUUGACACCUGAUAAGAGCGGCGCCUAUGUUUAUCCUUGGGGAAGAUUUGGUAGUCUUCCGGCAGGCGUCGAGACUUCGAUAAAAGGAGAAUCUGAAGGCGGAACGGGAGUCGCAGCUAAAUUCGUGGAAUGGUGUCGUAAGCAGACGGAGACUUUCACGUAA